UUCCCCUAGGGCGUCCUCAAAUACUCCUUCGCCGGCUUCACCAUCGAGUUCGCCCGGGCCGUGAUCUCCAAGUUCCCGCUGCUGUACAAACGUCCCCACCGCUUCCUACCAGGUUUGGCCAAAGUCCUGAGCUUCAAGCUGAUGUUCUUCCUGGCCGCUUACAUCGCCAUCUAUCGGGUGACGGGAUGCAUCUUGUGUCGGCACCAUGGCCGGGACCAUCCCAUCCACAACCGGAUCGCUGCCUUCCUAAGCGGUGCGUCGUACUACAUCUACCCGAAGUACCAGGUGUUCACGUUGGCCUUCACCAAGUUUGUCGAGAUGUCCUGGGACCACUGGUUCAAAACGUCCCCACAGCUUCCGGAGUGGGCGGUCCGGCUCGAUCGGGUUCCGUUCCUGCACCUGGCGUACAUGGUCGGCGUCGGUUACAUGUACCAUGCGUUGUUUUUCCACGCACACCUCUCGCCGCCCUUCAACAACAAAGCGCUGAACUACUGCUCCGGCAAUCGCAUCGAAAACAUGAAGCGACGCAUCGUCGGCUGGAUGCUCGAGACGGAGUGGAGCAAGGUUUGAAAUGCAAAUCAGGCAGGAGGGGAGAUGAGGAAGUGGGGAAACACGCAAAAUAUGAAUGUAUGUUAUUGUACUAAAAUUAUGGUAAUUCGAAAUAAAGCGCAAA